AUGGUCAACAUCAGCGAGGUCAAGAACAGCAACCGCGAGAAUCGCACUUCAGCGCAUACCCAUAUCAAAGGCCUAGGUCUCAAGUCCGAUGGAACGGCAGAGAAGCAAGCCUCUGGAUUUGUCGGCCAGACCACGGCGCGAGAGGCAUGCGGUGUUGUAGUCGACCUUAUUAGGGCACACAAGAUGGCUGGCAGGGGAGUCAUGCUUGCUGGCGGACCCGGCACCGGAAAGACAGCUCUGGCUCUCGCCAUCAGCCAAGAGCUGGGCACCAAGAUCCCAUUCUGCCCUAUUGUUGGCAGCGAGAUAUACUCGACCGAGGUGAAGAAGACCGAGAUGCUGAUGGAGAACUUCCGGAGGGCGAUCGGCCUGAAGGUGCGGGAGACAAAGGAGGUCUACGAGGGCGAGGUUACGGAGCUCACGCCCGAGGAGGCUGAGAACCCUCUCGGCGGCUACGGCAAGACGAUCAGCACGCUGCUCAUUGGACUCAAGAGCGCAAAGGGCCAGAAGAAGCUCAGGUUGGACCCCAGCAUAUACGAGGCCAUCCAGAAGGAGCGUGUUACGGUCGGUGAUGUCAUCUAUAUCGAAGCAAACACCGGCGCGUGCAAGCGCGUCGGCCGAUCGGACGCCUAUGCGACCGAAUUCGAUCUCGAGGCCGAGGAGUACGUGCCCAUUCCCAAGGGCGAGGUGCACAAGAAGAAGGAGAUUGUUCAGGAUGUCACGCUUCACGACCUCGAUGUCGCCAAUGCUAGGCCGCAGGGUGGACAAGACAUCAUGUCGAUGAUGGGCCAGCUCAUGAAGCCUCGGAUGACAGAAAUCACCGACAAGCUACGAACCGAGAUCAACAAAGUGGUCAGCAAAUACAUCGACCAGGGUGUGGCCGAGCUUGUACCUGGCGUGCUUUUCAUUGAUGAGGCCCAUAUGCUCGAUCUCGAGUGCUUCACGUAUCUGAACAAGGCCCUGGAGACGCCGAUCUCUCCAAUUGUAAUUCUUGCGUCCAACCGUGGCAUGACCACCAUUCGCGGCACUGAUGACCUUGUUGCUGCCCAUGGUAUCCCGACAGACUUUCUGGCUAGGCUGCUGAUCAUCCCGACCACUGCAUACGACGCCGAUGAGAUCAAGAGGAUCGUCCGUAUCCGGGCAGCCACAGAGGGUGUCGCAGUUUCAGAUGCUGCGCUCGACAAAAUUGCGGAGCACGGUGUGCGAAUCAGCAUGCGCUAUUGCCUUCAGCUGCUGACCCCUGCAAGCAUCCUGGCCCGGGUGAACGGCCGCAAGGAAAUUGACGUCAAGGAUGUUGCCGAGUGUGAAGAGCUCUUCCUGGAUGCCAGACGGAGCGCACAGCUGCUGAGUGGCGAGGGCGGUCGAGAGUUCAUUGCAUAA